AUGAGUUCUACAAUACUACUUGCUAAAUUAAUUGUUCUACUGCUUAUGCUUACAAACAAUACAAGCGCUUUAAUUUGCUAUGAAAAUGAUGAAUCUGGCAAAUUAUAUGAAAUAUCAAAUGAGUCUUGGAAUUAUUGCGUUUACAUUCCUGAUCGAGAUCAAGGUCGCGUAUUUGGUGUUGGUCCUCAAGUUGAUUGGACUAAAGCAUAUGAUCAAGCAUUCAAUAUGUCGGAUAAAAUAUAUCAAAUAUUGUCCGUCUGCUUGCUAGAGAAAUAUGACUUUGGUCAACUCAACCCAAAAUAUGUCUCCGAUCCAUCAGAAUCCGUCGAAUUCUUAUUUCGCUGUAUCUGCAGAUAUGAUCGUUGCAAUGGUGCUACUUCAUUCGGCAACUAUUUAAAAGCUAUUAAAAUAGAUAAUGCAAGUAGCAGAGCUGAUAAUAAUUGA